AUGGAGGAAAUGGAAACCAAGCUCUGUGGCAGUGACAAAGAGGAAGCCUUCAAAAGAGAAUUACCAUACUGUAUAGGAGAAAUAGACUUCACAGCUUCUGGGAAGAACCAUGGAAAGUUUAUGAAGGUCCAGAGUACCAUUCACCCUGGAAUUAUAUUUGAAGUUAUGCUCAACAAAUGGAAUCUACCGGCCCCCAAUUUGGUUAUCUCUUUAGUAGGGGGAGAAGAAGAUUUUCAGAUGAAGCCUUGGCUACGGGACACCUUAAAGAAAGGAUUUAUAAAGGCAGCUGAAAGCACAGGUGCCUGGAUUUUCACCAGUGCUCUGCGUGUGGGAGUGACAAGGCACUUGGUGCAAGCAGUGCGAGACCUUGCCCUGGCCAGCACCUCGUCCACCCUGAGUGUGAUUGCCAUAGGAAUAGCUUCACUCAGGGAAAUCCAGCACAGAGAAAUCCUGGGAAACACAAAGAGUGAAAGCCUUGUACACUACCAGUCAGAUGACAGCACCCAAGGCCCCCUGUAUUCCCUGGACCACAACCACUCCCACCUCAUUUUGGUGGAGCACAGCACGGCAGAGGAGCCGGACGGAACCGCCAAGCUGCGCCUGGCCUUGGAGAGGCACAUCUCGGAGCAGCGCACGGGAUACGGGGGAACAGGUAGCAUCGAGAUCCCCGUGCUGUGCUUGCUGGUAAAUGGAGGACCAGGCACACUUCAGAGAAUUUGCAGCGGGUUGGAAAAUUCUGCUCCCUGGCUUAUCUUAGCAGGGUCUGGAGGUACAGCUGACAUCCUAGCAGAGUUCAUGAAUGACCCACAGCUUAUCAUGCCAGAAGCUGUUGAAAAGCAAUUUAAGGAGAAAUUCCCUGCAGAGAGCUUCUCGUGGAAGGACAUUCUCCAGUGGACAGUGACGAUUCAGAAUAUUAUUUCACACCAACAUCUUCUAACUCUGCACAACUUUGAGCAAGACGGUUCAGAAGAACUAGACACAGUCAUUUUGAAAGCCUUAGUAAAAGCCUGUAAAAGUCAGAGUCAGGAGGCUCAGGAAUAUCUGGAUGAACUGAAACUGGCAGUGGCCUGGAAUAGGGUCGACAUUGCUAAAAGUGAAAUAUUCAAUGGUGAUGUGGAGUGGAAGUCCUGUGACCUGGAGGAAGUGAUGAUGGAUGCUCUAGUGAACAACAAACCAGAAUUUGUGAAGUUAUUUAUUGACAAUGGGGCUAACAUAUAUGAAUUCCUGACCUACAGUCGGUUGCAGAGACUCUACUGUUCCAUUUCUCAGAAAUGUCUGCUCUAUGAACUUCUCCUGAAGAAGCAUGAAGAAAGCAAACUGACCUUGGCAGGGCGCACUGGUCAGCAGCAAAGUGACCAGAAGGACACCUGCCCCCUCUUCACUCUCACUGAGGUCUCCAGAGUUCUCAAGGAUUUUCUUGAUGAUGCAUGCAAAGGUUUCUAUCAAGACCUCAGACAUGAAGGCAAGAAGAAAUCUGACAAAACAAACACAAAGGGAUUACCUGGGCCCUUGGACAUGAACCAGAAAAGUGAAAAUCCUUGGAGGGAUUUGUUUGUAUGGGCAGUACUUCAAAACCGGCACAAGAUGGCAAACUAUUUCUGGGCUAUGGGCCAGGAGGGUGUAGCUUCAGCUCUGGCAGCCUGCAAGAUCCUGAAAGAGAUGUCCCGCCUGGAGACGGAGACCAAAGCAGCCUGCAUAAUGAAAGAGGCCAAGUAUGAGCAGCUCGCGGUGGAACUGUUUAGUGAGUGCUACCACAACAGUGAGGAGAGAGCAUUUGCUCUGUUGGUGAGGAAAAAUCAGUACUGGAGCAAAACCACGUGCCUUCAGCUGGCCACAGAAGCAGAUGCAAAGUCUUUCUUUGCACAUGAUGGUGUCCAGGCCUUCCUGACAAAAAUAUGGUGGGGAGACAUGUCUACAAGCACACAGAUCCUCAAGUUAAUCUGUGCAUUCUGGUGUCCCUUCCUAAUCUACACCAAUUUCAUAUCAUUCAGUGAGGAAAAACAAUCAAAGAAUGAGCCAGAGCCAUUCAGAGAGCUGGACAGUUUGGAUUCAGAGAGGACUCUGUUCUUCUCCAAGGAAGAAGAUAGAGGAAAUGACACAUUGGAAAAACAGAACCCUUCUGCAAACACAGCAUGGGCAACAUUCGUAUUUACCCGGUGGAGAAAAUUCUGGAGUGCCCCUGUAACUGUGUUUAUGGGGAAUGUUAUCAUGUACUUUGCUUUUCUCUUUCUAUUUACUUAUGUCCUUUUACUGGACUUUAAACCACCUCCACCUCAGGGUCCAUCUGUUAAAGAAAUUGUGCUCUACUUCUGGGUGUUUACCCUUGUCUUGGAAGAGAUCCGACAGAGUUUCUAUACAGAUGAAGACACAAAUUUAAUGAAAAAGUUCAAACUCUAUGUGGAGGAUAACUGGAAUAAAUGUGAUAUGGUGACCAUAUUCCUCUUUAUAAUUGGGGUAAUCUGCAGGAUGCUGAACUCAACUUUUCAAGCUGGCCGUACAAUACUCGCCAUUGAUUUUAUGGUGUUUACACUUAGACUUAUCCAUAUUUUUGCAAUUCACAAACAACUUGGACCAAAGAUCAUAAUUGUGGAAAGGAUGAUGAAGGAUGUUUUCUUCUUUCUGUUUUUCUUGAGCGUGUGGCUCAUUGCCUACGGUGUGACAACUCAAGCUCUGCUCCAUCCCGAUGACAGCCGACUGGAAUGGAUGUUCAGAAGGGUUCUUUAUCGUCCCUACCUUCAGAUAUUUGGCCAGAUUCCACUGGAUGAAAUAGACACAUCACGAACCUAUCCCAGGAACUGCACGUUUAACCCCCUGCAGAUCCUGCAGGAGAACACUCCAUCCUGCCCCAACAGCUACGCCAACUGGCUCGUCAUACUCCUGCUGGUCAUCUUCCUGCUGGUCACAAACGUCCUCCUCAUGAACCUCCUCAUUGCUAUGUUCAGUUACACUUUUCAAGUUGUCCAGGGCAACACAGACAUUUUCUGGAAAGUGCAGCGCUACAACCUGAUUGUUGAAUACCAUGGCCGGCCUGCCUUAGCACCACCAUUUAUCAUUAUCAAUCACAUUACUCUGGUUCUCAGAAGGCUCUUCAACAAAAUGGAACACAAGAAAAAACACCUGGAAAGAGAUCUUCCAGUGGGCCUAGAUCAAAAAAUCAUAACAUGGGAGCUGGUACAAAAAGAACAUUAUCUCGUAAACCUUGAGCAAGAAAAGAAAGAAAGCAAUGAAGAAAGGCUGAAGGCCACAUCUAAUAAGGUGGAUAAUUUGUCCAAGUAUUUUAGUGGAUUGAAAGAACAAGAAAAACGAUUUAAAGUUCUGGAAGCCCAGAUUUGCUACUGUACAGCUGUUAUCUCCUCCAUGGCAGAAGUUUUAACCAAAACCAACCUCUUGUGCACUCAACCAGCUCCAAACUACACAUGUGUGAAGAGUGCCAACACAGAAGUGCCUUUACCACAAAGAAGGGAAAGAGAAGAGCGUGCAGAUCAGUUUGAGACUGACAUCGAAUACAUUGAUAACUAAAUUUUAUUCUAUUUCUUCACAUUAAACCUUUUGUCCUAGUGAACUACUGUAGAAGUAAAAUCCUAAUCUCUUGAAGGCCUAAGGGCAACAAGCUCCCUACGCUAAGCACUAUCAGUGCCUGACAUUCCUAAGGAUUUCUUGGUCUUUCUCCUUCAAUUUCCUGGGCUUUGUUUCCUGCUGCUCCCAUAGCACUCGAUCCUUUCUCCAAAACCAUUCCACAAAUAGCAUUAAAACUUUCUCCUCCAGGGUGACUCUACCACCUUAUUUUCUAAAUACCAUUUGUUCUCCAGAUACCAGACCCUCAAUUCCCCAUCACUGCUGCCAAAUUCCACACUUCUCUGUUCAAGGGAGUCUCCCUUUGGAAGGGCAGUCACGCACUGAAAAACAAGCUCCUUCCUUGGCCAAGACAUCAAGCUUGUACUCCUGAGCUGCUUAAAAAAAGGAAAUCAAGAAAAAGUUUCCAAGGAAAGGGCCUGAAUACUGAAACAUUACAAAACAUACAGUUCCCGGAGUUCCUACAACUUUCAAACAAUUGCACUCACUGGUUUCUCUUCCCACACUGGCUCCUGUGAGGCAUUCCUUUGCUGGUA